AUGCUGCAGAGAAAGCCGGAUCAGGAGGAGGAGGAGGAGGAGGAGGAGAAACAGGAGAAACAGGAGGUGGACGGCGGGGAGAGUGCGAAGCUGCGCCUCAGGGAGGAGCUGGGCCGGAGGAUUAAAGAGCAGAAGGUUGUAGUUGAUGAGCUUUCAAAUUUGAAGAAGAACCGGAAAGUUUAUAGGCAGCAGCCCAAUAGCAACAUAUUCUUUCUUGUAGACCGAACUGAAACACUGUCUCAAUGCAAAAAUACAUUAGAUGAAUUAAAGAAGGCACAUCAGGAGAUGGAAAAUUCAGAAAAGACUAAAAUCAAGAAAUAGUCCGACUGAGUUCAGAGUCACAAUGUGUGGUAUUUGUUGCAUCG